AUGAGCACAUGUUGUUGGUGUACACCAGGUGGUGGUUCUACUUUAGACUUCCUAAAGCGCUAUGCAUCCGGGAACCAUACCAGGGAAUUUCAAACAGCUGAUGAAGACCUCUGCUACUGCUUGGAGUGUGUGGCGGAGUACCACAAAGCACGAGAGGAAUUGCCAUUCUUACAUGAGGUUUUAUGGGAAUUAGAAACCUUACGUCUCAUAAAUCACUUUCAAAAGUCUAUGAAAGCAGAAAUUGGAGAUGAUGAUGAUGAUGAUGAUGAUGAUGAAUUAUAUAUAGUAGACAACGAUGGAGAAACACAUUUGUUUGACUUUACUGGACAAGACUUUGAAAAUAAGCUUCGAGUUCCCCUUCUUGAAAUACUGAAAUAUCCCUACUUACUGCUACAUGAGCGUGUUAAUGAAUUAUGUGUUGAUGCACUUUGUCGGAUGGAACAAGCCAAUUGCUCCUUUCAAGUUUUUGACAAACAUCCCGGAAUCUAUUUGUUUCUGGUCCAUCCCAAUGAAAUGGUUCGGCGUUGGGCUAUUCUGACUGCAAGAAACUUGGGAAAAGUGGACAGAGAUGAUUAUUAUGACUUACAGGAGGUUUUAACAUGCCUUUUUAAAGUCAUUGAGUUGGGGCUUUUAGAAAGUCCAGAAAUUUAUACUACUUCUAUCCUAGAGAAAGGUAAAUUGAUUCUUCUACCGUCGCACAUGUAUGAUGCUGCUAACUACAAAAACUAUUGGCUAGGUAUUUGCAUGCUGCUGACCAUUCUUGAAGAACAAGCCAUGGAUUCUCUAUUGUUGGGCUCAGACAAGCAAAAUGAUUUUAUGCAAUCAAUACUUCACACCAUGGAGAGGCAGUCAGAUGAUGAUAGUGUGGACCCUUUUUGGCCAGCAUUACACUGUUUCAUGGUGAUUUUGGAUCGUCUUGGAUCAAAGGUCUGGGGUCAACUUAUUGAUCCUAUUGAGGCAUUUCAGACUAUUAUCAACAAUGUGAGCUACAACAGAGAGAUCCAGAAUAUACGAAACAGCUCUGUAAGGACCAAGGUAGAACCAGAGCCAUUUUUGGAUGAUAUGGUGACUUGCAGCCAGAUUGUGUACAAUUAUAAUCCUGAGAAGACAAAGAAGGAUGCAGGAUGGCGAUCAGCUAUUUGCCCAGAUUAUUGUCCUAACAUGUAUGAAGAAAUGGAAACAUUAGCCAGUGUCCUUCAGUCAGAUAUUGGUCAAGACAUGCGUGUUCAUAACAGCACAUUUCUGUGGUUCAUUCCUUUUGUACAGUCCCUCAUGGACCUUAAGGAUUUGGGUGUGGCUUAUAUAGUAGAGGUUAUUCAUCAUCUGCAUUCCGAAGUCAAAGAUGUUCUCAACCAAAGAAAUGCCGUAUGUGACAAAGUCACUGAAUUUUUUCUUCUAAUUUUGGUGUCAGUGAUUGAACUGCAUAGAAAUAGAAAAUGUUUGCAUUUGCUGUGGGUUAGUUCCCAGCAGUGGGUGGAAGCCGUUGUAAAGUGUGCGAAGCUGCCUACUGCUGCAUUUUCACGAAGUUCUGAGAAAUCAUCUGGAAAUUGUGCCAAAGGAACAGCAGUAAUAACAUCUUUGUCUCUGCAUUCAGUGCCAUCUAACUCUGUACAGCUUGCUUGUGUACAGCUGAUUAGAAGUCUCCUUAAAGAAGGUUAUCAGCUUGGGCAACAAACUCUUUGUAAGCGAUUCUGGGAUAAGCUCAACUUAUUUCUGCGAGGAAAUUUAUCUCUAGGUUGGCAAUUGACUAUUCAGGAGACCCAUGAAUUACAAACUUGUCUAAAGCAAAUUAUUAGAAACAUAAAAGUCAAAGUACCUCAGAGUAAUACUUCUGUAGAUCUGACUCUUGCAUGUGAAACUCCUCCUGCAUCUUAUAAUAAAGAAGAAAGUGAACAAAUAGGUAAGAAGAUUAAAAAAGACAACAUGCAUUAUCUGGAAAAUUCUAGCCCAACAUUUUCUAAAGAACCAAUGAAAGCUGACACACAUCAAGUGCAAGAGAAUGUAUUGAUCAAAGCGAGUAACACUGUGGCAGAGGACUAUGAGCAGAAUUAUAUAAAGGAUUCAAUACUAGAAGACCAUCUCUCAGCUGAAUCAUGCUUAAAACACAGUAAAAACCUUAUUACUGAAAGAGCUCAAGAUCAAAUUACAAUACAUACAGGAAAGCAGAAGUCUGUAAAAGAGAACCCUGCAUGUACAUCACAGAAUUGUACUUCAAAAAGUGAUCCAGAACGGAGAUGUGACAGAGGUGGAGUAAUAAAAUCAACACGUAUGUUGACUGAUCCUAGCUUUGAUUCCCUGGAAAAAACAUCAAAUGAACCAAAAGCUAGGGCUCAAAAAGAUGAAAUCUGUGCUAAGUUACCACAUGUAAUAAAGAAGCAGUGCCGGAAAAGUACUCUGGUCAAUAAUGUAAUUAAGUUAGAAGAAAACCUGAUCGUAUCUAAUUUUGAACGUUCCUAUUCAAGGAAAGAUACUGGAGGUCAGAAAAGAGAUGGCAUCACACACAAUCUAUGUUUAGAUCCUCAUGAUAUUCUUGAAGAUAAAAGUGGGGGUCAAAAAUCUCAAAAUAAUUUAUUGCUGAAAAAUAAACAGUUAAAGAAUGAAAAAUUAGAUAUUUUUUCUUCCCAUGAUAACGACUGUCAGAUACAGAUAAGUCAUGUUGGUAAAGAUUUGAUCUCAUUUACUGAAGCAACCAAUACUUUAGUGAAAAAAACAUGUUCCUUUAAAGACACUGUGACUAUACUUGAUUCAAAGGAUAAGGAAAUGAGUAAGAGUACUGAUCAGUUACCUGACUUGGUAAGAGAACAGGCCUCUGGCAUCAUUCCUAAGUCUGAAACCUUAACAGAUUCUCAGAUAGACAGAGACCUUCUCAAAUUGUCUUUCAUAGCUCAAGCCAGUGUUAUAAAGUUUCCAUCUGAUUCAACUCCAAAAAAAGGCUCAUCUCAGCUUCAAAGAAAAGUAAAAGAUGAUAGCUGUUUCACAGCUUACCAAAAAAAUGCAUCUACUCUUGUCAAGGAGUCUUGCUGUGGACAGAUUAUUGUUAUUUCAGAUUCUGAUGAUGAUGAUGAUGGUAGUGGUGAUCAAAAAAUUCUAGGUUUUGAGAAGUACAUUAAAAAAGACAAAAUACGUAUUGAGAAACAAUAUCCAGAGCAGCAUGCUUUGGUAGCUACUACUCCUGUGGAAAAGCUACUAAUAAAGGAAGAAGAAACACAAUUUGAGGAGUCUGAGUCUCAGAUUUUUGAAUUUGAAAGUCAACAUGAGAUUUUUUCAGUUUGGCAAGAUCAUAAACCAGAUCACAAGAAUUCAGUUCAAGAGGAUGAAAAAAAAUCACCUUUGACUCAUUUAGGUGAUACCACAAAUGAUUGGGGUUAUGAUCCUGAUUAUGUACCUGAAGAGGUUACUAAAGAAAUAGAGAGUUUUGAAGAAUACACCAAACCACAGAGUAAUAGUAUUUCUGUUGAAGAAUUUUGUAAAAUUGAAGUAAAAUCUAAAAGAAAACGAUUUGAAAAACCUGUGGCGGAAGAUACCCUAAGAUCUUUAUCUUCUGUCAGAAAUGACCAGUUUGAUAUUCUUAAUGAGAGAGAUAUUACUGAGACUGAUUUUAAAGGUACAGAUAAAAGGAAUACAACACCCAAUUCAAAUAUGCAGAAAGCUACUGUGGUUACACUGAAGAAGUCUUCUCCAAAGCAUCGUUCUUGCUCAAAACCCAUUAAAAAAGUCCCAGUUUCUAAAACUACUAAGAAAACACAUUCAGAUACCAGAAAAGGGCCAAGUAAAAGUUCAAAUUACCUAAGUUGUAGGACAACCCCUGCUGUAGUUCCACCAAAGAAAUCUCGCCAGUGUCCUGAACCAACGUCAACAGUUGAAAAACUUGGUCUGAAAAAGGCUCCACGUAAGGCAUUUGAGUUGUCCCAGCGUUCUUUAGACAGUUUACAUCGGUUACGUGACCAUGGCAAAACAGUUGGAGAAGUUGAUACUCGCAAAAAGACUAAAUUAAUUUCUCCUCAAACUCUAUCUGUCAAAAAUAAUAAGAAACUGUUUACAAGUCAAGAUCUUCAGUUGAGAAGGCAGCUGAGACCCAGAUCACAUCGAAGUAAGCAAGGACUUGAUUGUAAAAGUACAGAUACCAUAAGGGCAGGGUCACAUGCAGCAUCAAAUUCUGUCACAUUUGUGCCAGAAUCUGUUCAGUUAGAUCAUAAAGGAGUAACUAAGGUAAUUGUUAACAAUAAUAAAAAGCAAUUAAUAAAAUGCAAUUUUUCUGAAACAGAAACCAUAACAAAAUAUGUAUCUCAGGUGGUUGAUGAUACCAGUCUUUUGAACCAGUGUGACUCUGUGUUAAAUGGAAGAAUACCAACAAAUGAAAUAAUUGUCUCUACUUCAGGGGGCUCAUCUUCAGGUGGAAGUGAUCUCACAGUACAUCAGUCUGCAGUGGUAGCUUUGAAAGAAAGAGUGUCUGAAUCGAACAGUGAUAUGGAAGAAGAUAAUUUAUUUUUAACUCAAAAUGAUCCUGAAGAUAUGGACAUGUGCUCACAAAUGGAAACUCCUGCAGUUUUAGAAGUAUUUUAUGGAAAAGAUGCAGUUCAGGUAGAAGACACUGUAGGUCUGCUACAGUUAGAAUCUUUGAGUACCAAAAAGUGUAAGCACAAAGAUUGUGUUGAAACCACAAAAAACCAGAGUGAUUAUUGCUCAAGACACUCUGAAGCUAAAGCAACAGAUGAAGAUGUGUUUCGUAAACCAGCCUUGCCUCUCUCAUCUAAACCUUUAAGGCCUACCACUAUUAAAAUUUUUAGCUCAAGUACUACUUCACGAAAUGCUAAUUUUUCCAAGUCUUUGGAAAAUGCUUCAGUACUACCACUAAAAAAUAAAUCAAAUGGGAUACAAUCUGUUGGGAAAGUACCACAGCCAGCCUCUCUUAUGUUUCAGAAGCCAGUGGGUGAAGGAAAGAAUUUUUGCAAUGUUCUUGUUUCUCAGACUUCAAAUAAUUCCAGCAGGCAAGGUCACAAACAUUCAUUUGGCGAAAGCAAAUUUUUCCCCACUUCCUCUCCAGUGAGCAUUCUCUCGUCAUCACAGUCCAUCUGUGAUACCUUUGUUAUGGAGGUCUUAAAAUGGAAAUAUGAAAUGUUUGUGAACUUUAAUCAGUGUGGACCCCCAGCAAGUCUUUCUCAGUCUAUCUCAAGAUCUGUGCCUGUCAGGUUUCAAGAUUGUGGAGAUUAUUUUAAUGUUUUUCUUCCAUUGAUGAUACUGAAUACUUUCGAAACAGUGGCACAGGAAUGGAUCAGCUCUCCUGUAAAAGAGGUUUACCAUCAGUUGCUUUUACGGAAAUUUCCUGCUGAUUAUAAAAAAUUCUGGGAAUUUGUGGUUUAUCUUGAGGAAAGUGAUCUGGUGAAACAGUAUCAUCCAAAAGAAAAUGAUUUGGUAUUUUUGGUUCCUGAAAGACUGAAUGGAGAGAAUGAUACAGAAAGAAAUCUCAUGCAGGAUCCCUACAAAUACUAUUGUGGUUAUGUUUACAAAUUUCGCCGCACUUCAGUCAUGCGUAAUGGGAAAGCUGAGUGUUCCCUUUCCAUUCAGACCCAAGACAAUUUUCCAGUUAAUUUAAAUGAACUUGUGAAAUGUAUUGUAAUCAGUUCUUUGGUAACUACACAAAGGAAGUUGAAAGCCAUGUCUUUGUUGAGUGGUCGGAACCAACUGGCCAGAGUUGUUCUGAAUCCAAAUCCCAUGGACUUCUGCACAAAAGAUUUACUAACUACAACGUCUGAUAGAAUUAUUACUUACUUAAGAGAUUUCAAUGAAGACCAAAAGAAAGCAAUAGAAACUGCUUAUGCUAUGGUGAAACACUCACCAUCAGUUGCCAAAAUCUGUCUUAUUCAUGGACCACCCGGAACAGGAAAGUCAAAAACUAUUGUUGGCCUCCUAUACCGCCUACUGACAGAGAACCACAGGAAGGGACAUACAGAUGAAAACUCUAAUGCCAAAAUCAAACAAAACCGUGUUCUUGUGUGUGCGCCUUCCAAUGCAGCUGUGGAUGAACUUAUGAAAAAAAUUAUCCUCGAAUUCAAAGAAAAAUGUAAAGAUAAAAAGAAUCCUUUAGGAAACUGUGGAGAUAUAAAUUUAGUACGACUGGGGCCAGAAAAGUCUAUUAAUAGUGAAGUCCUAAAAUUCAGUUUGGACAGCCAAGUUAACCACAGAAUGAAAAAGGAGUUACCUUUGCAUGUUCAGGAGAUGCAUAGAAGAAAGGAAUUUCUAGAUCGUCAACUAGACGAACUUUCCCGCAAACGUGCUCUGUGCCGAGGUGGAAGGGAAAUACAGAGACAAGAAUUAGAUGAAAAAAUUGCCAAAGUUUCAAAAGAAAGGCAGGAACUUGCUUCUAAAAUUAAAGAGGUUCAAGGGCGCCCACAAAAAACACAGAGUAUUAUCAUCUUAGAGUCCCACAUCAUCUGCUGCACAUUGAGCACCAGUGGCGGUUUAUUACUGGAGUCUGCUUUUCGUGGGCAAGGGGGUGUCGCCUUCAGUUGUGUCAUUGUUGAUGAGGCUGGCCAAUCUUGUGAAGUUGAGACACUUACUCCGCUCAUUCAUCGUUGCAACAAGCUUGUCCUCGUAGGUGAUCCAAAACAACUACCUCCCACAGUCAUUUCUGUGAAGGCACAGGACUAUGGCUAUGACCAGUCAAUGAUGGCUCGCUUUUGCAAGUUGUUGGAAGAGAAUGUAGAGCACAAUGUGAUCAGCAGGCUGCCUGUUUUACAGCUCACUGUUCAAUACAGGAUGCAUCCAGACAUAUGUCUUUUCCCUUCUAAUUAUGUAUAUAACAAAAACUUGAAAACAAACAGUUCAUAUGUUAAUAUUCAAGAAAUAAAAUUGGUGAUGGAAUUAAUUAAACUUAUUAAAGACAAAAGAAGGGAUGUUACUUUCCGAAACAUUGGCAUAAUAACCCAUUACAAGGCUCAGAAGAGGAUGAUUCAGAAGGAUUUGGACAAAGAGUUUGAUAAAAAAGGACCAGCAGAAGUAGAUACUGUGGAUGCAUUCCAGGGUCGUCAAAAGGAUUGUGUUAUUGUUACUUGUGUCAGAGCAAAUACCAUGCAAGGUUCAAUUGGAUUCCUGGCAAGUUUGCAGAGAUUGAAUGUCACCAUUACUCGAGCCAAAUACAGCCUCUUCAUCCUUGGACAUUUGAGGACUCUGAUGGAAAAUCAACAUUGGAAUCACCUGAUUCAGGAUGCUCAGAAGCGUGGUGCCAUUAUUAAGACCUGUGAGAAGAACUAUAAGCACGAUGCAAUGAAGAUUCUGAAACUGAAGCCUGUACUACAGCGAAGUCUGACUCACCCUCCUGCUAUAGCCCCAGAGACCUCCAGACCCCAGGGCGACUUACCCAGCCACAAGCUAGACAGCGGACUCACCACAACAUUUUAUUCUUCUGUGUGUCACAGCCCCACUGACUCCAAGGAAGCUGCUGUCACUUCAAAGGACCCUGAAAGACCUCCUCUUCAUGAUCUACUUCGGGACCCACGACUGCUUAAAAGAAUGGGCUCUGAAGCCAUAGGGAAAUUGUUGAGGGAUCCACAGUCUUCGAGCCCCCAGCAUUCUGGAGCAACAGCUCCUGCAGGAGAGCCAAGUGUUCCUAUAAUUUCCCAAGAUCUUGGUAAUAUGGUGCAGCAACCCACUGCUAAAAUGACCUCUCCCAGCAACCACAGCUCUCAUGUGCUUUGUGAACUUACAGCUGUUAGUACAGAUGCUGCCACAAGUAAAAGAAAAUGUGGUGACCAGGAAGGAGGAGUCAGCCAUAGAAGAGAGACCAGGUCUGAGACCAGACCUUUCAGUGAAGAGGAUCAGGAAAUGGGUAGCUCUGUGGCCUAUCACAGGAGCUCUGACUGGGACAACAGGAAGCUGGAGAAAGAGGACAACAGUUCAAAGAAAAGAAAGCUUUUAUAG